AGAAUUAUUGCCCGCGUCAAUUCUGCGAUUCACUAUACCGGCCCUACAUAUCAAUACUAGCGUUAGCGGAAGGUGUCCACGGCCAUCGUCCCCUAAACCAGUAUCUGGUCUGAGAUAUGAUGGAAGCACGAAAGUACGUAUGGGGAGGGGCGAUUCCGCUUCAGAUUCAUCUCCAUGAAUCCGAAGUCACCACUCUCCCUCCUCCUCUCCCUGCCCUGAUCUUAGCCCCUCGAAUAGGGUACCUGCCUUUGUUGGUUCCUCAUAUAAAACCUCAUUUCAGUAGCACGCUUCCUCCUGGGGUCGACACCGUUUGGUUCGAUUACAAAGGCUUGCCCCUCAAAUGGUACAUACCAACUGGAAUUCUUUUCGAUCUUCUAUGUGCAGAUCCUGAAAGACCUUGGAAUUUGACAGUACAUUUUAGAGGAUAUCCCGGAAAUGUAUUGAUUCCUUGUGAAGGUGAAGAUAGUGUAAAAUGGAGCUUUAUUAAUUCAUUGAAAGAGGCAGCAUAUAUAAUCAAUGGAAACUGCAAAAGUGUCAUGAACAUGUCUCAACCUGAUCAGGUGGAGCUCUGGCGCUCUGUUAUAAACGGUAAUUUGGAAGCCUACAUACGGAUAUCAUCUAAACUUAAGCUUGAAACAGUUGGAGAUGAAUAUGCAGCUGAUUUAUAUUCAUCCUCAUUCAAAUCUCGGCAAAGUAUUGGUGACACAGAUAGUACUGGACAAGUCAAGACAGGUAGAAUUCCAGUUCGAUUGUACGUUUGGAGUGUCAAUGAGGAUUUUGAUGAUCUAGAAGAUGCUCCUCAAGUUGAUAGUUGGGACAAAAUCUCUUACAUAAAUCGACCUGUUGAGAUCCAUGGAGAAGAAGGUAAUUGCUUCACAUUACAUGAUGCUGUAAAAAGUCUUCUACCAGAAUAUUUUCCAUACAAAUCCUUAAAUAAUGAGGAAUCAUCCAGAGAAGAAGAUAAGGAUGAACAGAAAGUUCCUCCAGAAAAUUUGAGUGAACAUGUUGAGUCUUGCUACCCUUCUGGUGAUGCUGAAGUGAAGCUUGUCCGCAUCCAAGGGAUUCAACCCAAAUUGGAAAUACCUUUCUCUUGGGUGGUGAACAACUUAGUCAACCCUGAGCACUUUCUUCAUGUUUGUGUGUGCCUGAAACUUCCACAAGUAAAAAUACCAUCAGAUACAUGACAUUUCAAUUAUUCACAUUCUGUACAAUAGGAGUAACAUUCUCCUCACAUAUAUACGCUAUAGGUUGAUGUGCCACUUGGCUACAAAAGCCCAUGUUGGUGGUGAUCUCAAAAGCAGUUGAUUUAUUUUUGUAUAGAAUUGCACAGUUGCAUUAUCAAUGUACUGUUAACCAUUCAUUUCUU